GGCGGGGCGGGGCCGCCGGGAGGAGGGGCCGCGGCCGGAGGCUGGGCCACGCGCGGCGCCGCGACCCCGGCCAGUCAAGAUGGCGCUGGCGGCGGGAAGGCGCGUCCCUGCGCGCGCCCUGCUCCGCGCGGGGGCCCGACUCGGACGCACGCAGGCGACGGCCGGCGGCGGGGACGGCGCGCGGCGCUUCGCGAACCACCGGGUGCUGGUGGAGCCGGACGCGGCCGCAGGGGUUGCUGUAAUGAAGCUGAGGAACCCUCCGGUGAACAGCCUCAGCCUGGAGCUUCUGACCGAGCUUGUCAUCGGCCUGGAGAAGCUGGAGAAUGACAAGACCUUCCGCGGCGUCAUCUUGACAUCGGACCGUCCUGGCGUCUUCUCGGCUGGCCUGGACCUGACGGAGAUGUGCGGGAGGAACCCGGCCCACUAUGCCGAGUACUGGAAGGCUGUGCAGGAGCUGUGGCUGCGGCUCUACCCGUCCAGCCUGGUGCUGGUCGCCGCCAUCAAUGGAGCCUCCCCUGCUGGAGGUUGCUUGAUGUCCCUCACCUGUGACUACCGCGUGCUGGCUGACAACCCCAAGUACGUCAUAGGACUGAAUGAGACCCUGCUGGGCAUCGUCGCCCCUUUCUGGUUCAGAGACAGUCUUGUGAACACCAUUGGGCACCGAGCCUCAGAGCGUGCCCUGCAGCUGGGGCUGCUCUUCUCGCCAGCAGAGGCCCUCCAGGUGGGCAUGGUGGACAAGGUGGUGCCCGAAGACCAGGUGCAGAGCACGGCACUCUCAGUGAUGAGCCGGUGGAUGGCCAUUCCAGACCACGCUCGGCAGCUGACCAAGAUCAUGAUGCGAAAGGCUACUGUGGACCACAUGAUCAAACAGCGCGAGGCUGACCUCCAGAACUUUGUCAACUUCAUCUCCAGAGACUCCAUCCAGAAGUCCCUGCAGGUGUAUUUAGAAAAACUCAAACAAAAGAAAGGCUAAGGCGAGACUGCCACUCAGCCACCUGUGCCCUGUGGGGACCACUGGUCCAGGGGAUUUUAAACAGCGUAUUUUUUAUCUUAGAAAUCCUCUCAGCUCUUGUUUUCCUCAUCUUGGAAAGUCCUGUUCCUGGUAGCCCUGCUACCACCCAUGGCCACAUUUCUGCCCGGUGGGCAGAUAGGAUCUGUACUUGAGAACUGAAUGUCAGGUAGGCUGCUCAGGGGAUUGAAAAAGGUCACACUGCAUAUCCCCUUUCCCAAAGGAAAACUGUGAAUAAAGUCCUCACAUUGUCCCGUU